GGGGAAGCGGGCGUGCGGCCCCAGCCAUGGAGGGCAUGGACGUGGACCUGGACCCAGAGCUGAUGCAGAAGUUCAGCUGCCUGGGCACCACCGACAAGGACGUGCUCAUCUCCGAGUUCCAGAGGCUGCUCGGCUUCCAGCUCAACCCUGCUGGCUGCGCCUUCUUCCUGGACAUGACCAACUGGAACCUGCAAGCAGCAAUUGGCGCCUAUUAUGACUUUGAGAGCCCAAACAUCAGUGUACCCUCUAUGUCCUUUGUUGAAGAUGUCACCAUAGGAGAGGGGGAGUCAAUACCUCCUGAUACUCAGUUCAUAAAAACAUGGCGAAUCCAGAAUUCUGGGGCAGAGGCCUGGCCUCCAGGGGUUUGUCUUAAAUAUGUCGGGGGAGACCAGUUUGGACAUGUGAACAUGGUGAUGGUGAGAUCGCUAGAGCCCCAGGAGAUUGCAGAUGUCAGCGUCCAGAUGUGCAGCCCCAGCAGAGCAGGAAUGUAUCAGGGACAGUGGCGGAUGUGCACUGCUACAGGACUCUACUAUGGAGAUGUCAUCUGGGUGAUCCUCAGUGUGGAGGUGGGUGGACUUUUAGGAGUAACGCAGCAGCUGUCGUCUUUUGAAACGGAGUUCAACACACAGCCUCAUCGCAAGGUAGAAGGAAACUUCAACCCGUUUGCCUCUCCCCAAAAGAACCGACAAUCAGAUGAAAACAACUUAAAAGACCCUGGGGGUUCCGAGUUCGACUCGAUCAGCAAAAACACAUGGGCUCCUGCUCCUGACCAAACCGAGCAAGAUCAGAAUAGACUCUCACAGAACUCUGUAAAUCUGUCCCCCAGCAGUCACGCAAACAACUUAUCAGUAGUGACUUACAGUAAGGGGCUCCACGGGCCUUACCCCUUCGGCCAGUCUUAAACGGGUAUCAGCAAGAAGAAAAAAUAACAAAAGACAGAAGGCCUGACUCUGGGGGGGAGGGCAAGGGGUUCCUCUGGAUUGCAGACCACAUCGCACGGACCCCUGGCUCUGACCCCCCAUCCUGGAAGAAGAGGAAGAAGCAGAACAGACUAGUUUUGAGUAAACUCAGUAUGCAUGUGUGAAUGCUGAGUCACAGGAAUGGUGUUGAGGCUACCAAGAAGAAAUCCAUGCAGCCACCUUGGGUUUUGUUUAUUAGGCGUCAGUCUAACAAGUCAUUAGGUUACUGGGAAGGGAAGAAAAGUUUAAAAUGGGGGGGAAAAGCCAUCUUUUUAAACAAAAAUUAUUUUGCCUACAGAGAGGUGGUAGUUUUGAGCACAUGUUAAUUAUUUCUCUGCUUCCCCCACUUUUAUUUUUUUAAAUGAGGAAUAACAUACUCUUUAUAGAAUAGUGCUUGCUCUAGAGAUGAUUCGGGUUAAAAGCUAGUGUGGCAUAUUUGGGGACUCUGGAUCAGUGCUACAGGAGUAUAUCUGCUGUGCCAUAUGACUCUAGAAGUCUCUGACCCCAUUUGUUUUUCAUGGCAUCAGCCAAUGAGUUAUCACCCCUUUCCUCCUCUUUUCUCUUUAAUCUUCUGUUGAUUUACACCUUUGACAUUUGUAUUCCGUCAACCCUGUGGCUUGUUAACACUAGAACUUCUCUGAAGACCAUACUUCCUUGUGUGGCCAGCAGAGAAAGCUUUAAGGACAGAUCUUGGGUGACGUGGGAUUUCUGAGGCGGAGAGGUGUCCUUCUGCACACCCUUGUAACAAUUCAAACUGCUUUUCUUCCAUGUUUCUCUUGGCAGAGAAAAAUGCCACCAUGCUAACUGCUCUUUUGGAUUCUUCAUGCAGUGGCUCCCCAUUCGCUCUGGGAACAGUGCCUGCAUGCUGAGUAUGUGCACAUACAUGAGUGUUGGUGUAGCUCACCAGCAAGUGUACAGCUGGCGAGCAUGACAGCGGCAACUGCUUCUCUGUUGUCACACAACUUCUUUCCCUGUGUUUCUCUUCAAUUGUCCUUUGUGGUUUUUUUCACAGCCUAUUAGUAGAGGCUGAGCUGUUAAGGUGUAAAAAUACAGCCCCAAAGGAAAACUUUGUCAUGGAGAAGGGCCACAGUCACUGACUACUUGAUCUUGGAGACCAUAUUUAGAUAGAAAUGAGAGGACCCACACACCCCCUUUCCCCAUCAGGAUGCUGGUUUAUGGGUAAGGAGGUGGUCAAGGGGCAGCCCAGCUGGAGUAGAGGCUGAUUGGCUGACUGCUCACUCAGGCCGGUGGCUCCACUGGCAUCUUGUGGAUUCUGAGUAGGUUGAGAUGUGGAUAUCUCCUUGGGAAGCUUGAACCAGGCUAGAACAGCUGUCUGCCAAAGAUACAAGAAUAUGCAAAGUCCCUCUUCUCUUCUCACCCCCUUCCUCCCCUCAAGUCUUAGUUGGUUUGAGAGUCAGGGAUAUGGAUCCAGCAUGUGGCUGUAGAGUUGCCUGUGUGUUGUUACACCCCCAUCCAUGGGGGGUGAGGGGGUGAGACAAGCAGGCAGACCAGGUGAUGCAACUGGUCAUACAGCCUGGGUGUGGGUGAGGGUCUGCCUGCCUGUCUGUUUCUGUCUGGGUGUCUGAGUUCCAAAUAUGUGUGUUGUUUUUUCAUACUCAACCUCUUUGGAGACUUGUUUUUAUUAAGCUUGUGUGAAAUUCCCCUUUACUUCCCCAACCCCUAAAAUUAAAAGUGGGAAUGCACUUUGGUCCACUGGAGAAGUCCUGAAGAUGAACAGAGGUAGCCUAUUGAGAAGGGUGGCAUAGCUGGGUCUGGGGCUAGACUAGCUUACUCUGGAGCGCUUAUUUUCUAUGCACAUGUGAGUAUCCCAUCCCUAGCAGAGUCCCUGCUGGGUACUUAUCCCUAGGACUCCAGAUGGCUUUUUGUCUGAGGGCCUUAUUAGGCCUGGACUCUUGGUGCUGUUGGUGCCAAUCUCCUGGGACACUGCCACCCUGGAGCCCAUGCAUACCCACUUAAGUUCUUCCCACUUAACAGUUUCAAAGCAGCAUAUCUCCGCUGCCCUGGGCAGGAUCUUGGGAGAAUUUACAACCCCUGCUUUCCUGGCUCUUCAUCUGCCUCACAUUAGGUGAUCCUUCUCAAUUUCCCAGUAGGGGCUGCAUGCCAUGAUUUAGCAAGGGCUUCAUAGGCCACUAUCGGUGUUUUUGGCCUUGUCACAUUAUCCUGCUUAUAGGCAAUCGGACAUGGCAAGUUAAGUGUCUCAAGCACCUUGGCUUCCUUCCCAAGAACAAAUCAUUUCUGUGCACAUCCUUGGAGAGGUGAGCUCCUUACAAGAAGGCCAAAGCAAGCGCAAUCCUUGGUGUAGGGGUAGUGGGAUCCAUGGCUUCCCUAGGCCCAAGAAGGGAUUAUUACUGCCCUUCAUUCUCUCCCCUCGCUGGUGUGGGUUCAGAGCAAUGCCUAGAGUACUUCUCUGCUCCCCUGCCUAAGGAGGGGUAUUGGCUACCUCUCAGCCCCAAUAGUCCCUGCUUCUUUUAGAAUCUUUAUGAAGUGACAGGCUGCCCCUGGGCAGGACCACCAGUGUCUGGCACCCAGAAGGUGAGGCAAACACCAUCCUUAGGUGAUAGAGUUUAAAUUCAAUUGGGGAGUUGAGAGGCUAAAGCUUGGGAAGUAUCUGUGUGCAUGGAGUGAGGUGUGUAUGUUUAGAUGUGUGUGCAUGUGUGCAUGCCUUUUUUCUUUUUGCUGUGGAGACAGUUGGAUUUGGGGCAUUUUCUACAAGAAAUCAUCAGCCCUCUCUUCCCAAAUAGGGCCUAGCUGUAACCUUAAGCCCAUCAAAGGCACUUCCAGCCUGGAUAGAACCUCAUCAAACAUCUAGUGUGCUCUGAGGGUGGCCCUGGUGGGAAGGGAGAAUGAGAAUAAAUACCUCCCCAAAUUCAAUCUGAGACCCAGCAUGAGAGGAUGGCAGAGUUGCCAGGCUCAGCAGUGCAAGCCAAUUACCCACCCCCUUCUGCCUCACCUCACCUUGCCUUUCCUUUGUUUCCCUGGGUGAAUGCAGGAGCAGCAGUGGCUGCCCCUUCCACCUGGACAGUGGUGUGCGUAGUAAGCAAGCUGGGUGGGUGUUUGUGUUGGGGCCUCAUGGUGCCUAGGAGGAGAUGAAGAUGAGGAGGUUUUUCCUUACUGUAUAAAUGAAUAUUUGUAUGAUUAAAUUAACACACACAC